UAAAUUAUAUUAUUUUUUAGUUCACAGGCUAUGUUCGCCUGAAAUGGCAAAAACGCAUUGAACGGAACUUAGUAUAUACUAUACCACAGUAACAGGAUACCAAGCCCAUAAUGUUACGACUGAAACAACUUGGGCAUAUCGGACGCUUACAACUUAAAACAUUGCCGUUUACAAUUUACGUGAUCUGCUGCAUUUUCAUGGGGACGACCGAACCUUCGUUGUCAGGCUCAAGUAAUCACGGCGGCAACUUCGUAGCUGUGGUGUCCACCAUGUAUGACAACGUUGAUUACGUCGAUCUAAUGAAGAAACAAAACCAAAUCGAUGAAAGCAUCUUCGAUAGCGACCACACCCAUAAACUGAACCACACAAGCGCCGGAUUCAAUCUGCUUUGGAUCAUUUCGUCUCGGAUGAAAAUGGGAAGAAAUCCGAAAAAAUCCGAAGUUUUACGAAGAAGCAACGCAACGGAAGGCGAAGUGAGCCUUCAUUCAAACCUCCCGCGGAAAAGUCUCCAGUAUCAUCGGAUCUUAUUCAGUCGCCCAACACCCAGUACACCACCAGCACCAGACACACGUAACGCUACUGUGAGGGUCAACAAAGUGAUCACUGGCAGCCACAUUGGAUUUGAACUUGAAUUUAAAGUCGAUGAACACUCCGGGAGUGGGUAUUUAAUUACCGGGCGAUCUCUUGACAAUGUCCGGAAAAAGGAAGACCCUUUGCCCCGGGAAGACGAGAUCAAUUCUACAUCUGAUUGGAGAUCGAAUUCAACAUCCAACUCGAGAGGAGUUUCGUCUUCUUGGUUUGGUUUGUUCUCCGAGGUCAACGGGACCAACAUGACACUUAAGUUGGAAUACAGAAACGUUGAAUGGCGAGGACGAAGAAAGUUUGUGGUUCCGAUCGAAGGAGCAGAGUUUAAGAUCGGCGACUGGCACAGAUUGGCAGUGCACAUCGGGUUCGACAACAACGUUAUAGAAUACUGGGCAAACUGUAGUCACGUGACGGUCGUUCCGGUUCGUCGCAACCGUACGUCAUCUGGUAUCCAGUUCAAACGUUUUCGGCUUUUAGACCACGGGGAUAUCGUGAAAGUGCCGGUUAAAGUGGCCUUUCGAACCGUUGUGGUAACUGACGGCCAGAAAGAAUCUCUCCCGAAACAAUGUCUUUCUCAUUCACCUUCCACAGCUGCAGGAGCUUGUCCUGGAGGCCGAGUGUUUAUGAGCUGUGGACCAAGUUGCGAACAGACUUGUGAGAAUCGUUUCAGUCCUUACCAUGCAUGUGUGAAGUCCUGUGUUAGCGGAUGUCAUUGCUCAGUAGGCAAAGUAUUAAAUGAUGAUCAGUGCGUGCCCAUUGAAGAAUGCCCGUGCUCAAUUGGAUCGGUAUUUUACAGAGCGGGAGCAAAAAUGACGAUAAACAAUCAACUGUGCACAUGCGUGUCGGGGAAAUGGGAUUGCUUCGCCCUGGCCAGCCUUAACCGCUUACCAGAGGACAGGGAAGUGAGACUUGGUCAUAGCACGAACCUCACAUGUUCGGUAUCUGGUAAUCCAUUGCCUAAGAUAUUGUGGGUAGCACCGGUGGGGGCUCGCUACAGAGUAGUUAACCGAAACGGAAACCGAGUUUCGAGAAUUUUCCUUGAUAACGUGACGGCUCACGAAGCUGGAACUUACACGUGCCAAGCCUCGCGUUCUGAUUGGUCGGCCAACGUCUCAGCGGUCGUCGAAGUGACGUCACGGCCUGUGAUUACGUCAUUGCCCAGCACUGUGAAAGUCAUGCUUGGGAGCCCAAUAGCAUCAGUAGAUUGCGUCAUAUCCGCUAUGCCACCAGCCAAAGCAGCUUGGAUGAAGGGAACCGGGAAUCCUUCAAACUCAAGAUUCGACACAGUGGCACCUGGUGUAUUUCGCCUUACACUUGUUAAUGUAAAACGUAGUGAUGCCGGCAAGUACAGAUGUCUUGGGCUUAACAAAGUUGGUUACACCUCUAAGACAGUGAUAAUACUUGUUACAUUGCCUGAACCAAACAGAAUGGCUUUUCUUAAACCACCUCGGGAUAAAUACGUCAAAGCUGGGCAAACCGCAGUGUUUCCGUGCAAGGCUAUUAACCAUUCAAGUGUGACGAACAUCACGUGGUUAAAAGAUGGAAAACCUCUUCGUCUUGAAAGGAAUCGUAUCAUACAACGUAGGCAGAGGUUGGUUGUAAGAAGAUCGUCCAAGUCAGACACCGGGGUAUACACUUGUAGAAUUACGGUAGAGGAUGAGACAAUCCAAGCAAAAGCGAGGCUUAUGCUCAAAGGUCGAAUGCUCCCCUGGUCUACAUGGUCAUCCUGCAGCGCAUCAUGUGGCAGCGGACGUAUGACGAAAAGUAGAACCUGUACGGGUGUUCCCCCAAACCGAAAAACCUGUCACGGAAAGUUCGUGAUUUCGAAACGAUGCAACACGAAGGUUUGUCCAGGAAUAUGCUCCAGUUAUGGAGAUCCACAUUACACAACAUUUGAUGGGAGAUCAUUCAACUUUCAAGGCGACUGUGGAUACAUACUUGCACAAGACAUCGGAGGAAACGAUUUUAAGAUCGUCCAAUAUAACGUUGGGUGUGGUUCGAGACUCAGUUGCGUCAGGAAGAUCACUGCAGUUCUUGCUUUCCCUCGGCUAUCUGCUGUAGUAGACCUUGGUAGAGACAACGAGGUGGUCACAGUUAAUGGGGUGCAAGUUCGUUUGCCAUAUUAUUCCACGAACGGAAUGUUAUCCGUGGAUAAUGUCGGCUUAUACUUGGCAUUGAGGGUCGGCAACUUCAUUGAGGUUCGUUGGGCGAUUCCUCACCGUUUGUACGUCAUGGUGUCCGGCAAGUACGCGGGUCGAACCAAAGGACUUUGUGGUAACUUCAACGGGGACCCACAUGAUGAUAGGAUGACACCUGGCGGAAGAAUAUUGAUGUCGGAUCUGGAGUUUGGACAAAGUUGGGACGUUUUAGCCGGAAGCGCAAACUUUAGUUGCUCGGCCAUCAGCACACUUGUGAACCCAUGCUCCCAUAAUCCUUCCUUGGCGCGGAGGGCGAGAGAAAUUUGUUCUUUUCUUCUAAACCGAAGAAGAUUCGGUGAUUGCCACAACAUUGUCUCACCCAGUAGUUUCAUCAACUCGUGUAUAAUCGACAUAUGCAGCACUUCUAUUGAACAAACCAACAUGUACUUCUGCAUUGCUCUCUCGGCCUACUCAGAAGAGUGCCUACGUCACGGAAUUAUAUUAAAUUGGAGAACGCCUGAAAUUUGCCCAAUCACUUGCAUGAGCGGCAAAGUUUAUACUGAAUGUGGAAGCUCGUGUGUUCGUUAUUGCCCCAGUGAAGUUACUGGUGGUUCCGUUUGUCCUACAAGUCAGAAGUGUGUUCCGGGUUGCUACUGCCCAAACGGGACAGUUUUGUAUCAAAACAGAUGCAUUGAAGUUUCCCAAUGCCCUUGUUUCUUACAAGGCGGACGUUUUGGUAACGGCUCUCGUCACAACAGGAACUGCCAGAGUUGUGUAUGUUGGAACGGGGAUUGGAGUUGUACUUUUAACAGCAUGUUGUGUGAUUACCCAGCUUCUGUAGUGAGAGGGCCUACUUCACAGAUUGUCCCGUAUGGAUAUUCCGUUACUUUUUGCUGUGAGGUCGUUGGGAUACCGAUUCCUGUGGUCACAUGGUAUAGGAACGGGAUCGAGGUUACUGUAGGUAAAGAAAGAGGGAGCGGAGACAUCGAUGAUCUGAACUCAACACUUUUCCUCAGCAAUGUAUCAGUGGCUGACGGAGGACCUUACACAUGCAAAGCUACAAACAGACUUGGAUCUCACAAAUCAAACCCAGCGUUGUUGUCCAUAAUAGAUUUAACAAUGUCAUCCUGCAACCCCCGCCCCGCUUCUAACUUUGUUCAUCUUCCUGAUGGUUGUUCAGUGGAUGGCCAAGAUGGCGGCACACGACCACAUGGUAUAGGAGUUAACGUCCUUGAUUUGGGUCGGUGCAUCGGAGAGCCGUGUUACAUGCCGGUAGCUGGCGCUAAAGAAUCCACAACUUGCACCGAGACACGUCACUGUUGUCAGCCAUCCGAGACGGCCCCGAUUCAAGUCCGAUGUCGUCACGAACGUUAUGCCACGUCAUUCCUUAUCACAGUGGUUCGACGUUGCGCAUGCGCAGUAUGCGUGAAUGGAAUGACGGUGGUGGAAGGCGUGGUCAAGUCAAAAUCAACAGGCCGUCCAGUCAAGCACGUGAAACUUUCCCAUCAAGGCCGUACAGUUGGUUAUACAUCCAGUACCGGUUCAUUCCGGCUUCGGUUUCCGAAUCUCCCAAUAGAAACCCGCCACGUCACCAUUACUAUCUCUGACGUCAUGUUCAAGAGAUUCACGACAACGGUGAAGAACCUGCUGGUGCUUCCCGGGCAAUCUACCUUACAUAGUAUAGUCAUCCGACCGUGUCGUGUACGACUUCGCUUCAAUGCAUCUCUUGGUUUACAGUAUGUAUUCAGACCAACCGCCGGCUACACGAACCGCAUGCGGCUGCACAUUCCUCCCAACUCUCUGAUAUUUGACAGUCAAACCAACCCAUACAAAGGUAUGGUGAUCGCUGGCAUCACUUUAUUGGACAAACCGAACACGGCUGGUCAUAACAGAAACGAGGAUCCUUCGAUGCCUGGUAGCUCAAUCGCCAUCAGUGUAGAAGGGGAGGAACAACUUUUAGAACCAACGGUGAUACUGUGCGUGUCGUUAUACAACCGAUCCGGUCACCCCCUUGAUUUAUUACCUGGUCGUACAGCAAGUCUAAGUCUCACAUCACACGGUAUCAGAGUGAAGCAAUUACCUUGGGGUUUGGACGACUUGACAGGAUACUGGAGAGAACACAGCGACAGAAUUGAAGUUGUUCCGAAAUACACGAAACGAUCGAGAAAGGUAUUUGUUGUCACUGCAAAAAUCCAUCGGUUCAAAACUGCCUGGUCGUUGGGAUUUGGUCGCAACCCUUGUUACAUCCGAGCCCGAGUACUCGACUCUCAAAAUGAAAGUGUUCCUGCCGUCCGAAUCGCGUUUAGGUCGAGUAAUGAAGAUGGUAAAGCUGCCAUGAUGAUGACGCAUAAACGAGAUUCCGGCAGAGGGCGCACGAGAUUUCCCUGGUACGUAGAAGAUAUGACAAGCUCAAGAGAUUAUCCCAACGGUGUCUGCUUGCCAGUUGGUUGUACAAACACUGGUGUCUUGUUUGCAUCAAGACUCGGAAACGAUCUCGUGUUAUUGGAACCCGAAGUGCCGCCUAUGGAGAUGGGCCAAGUAAAACAAGUACACAGGCAUAAUGGACGCACUCGUUCAUCGAGUAGACGACUUUCUAAAGUGUUAAAAACAGCCACGCCAACUCGUAACUCAAGCGGCGUCAUCCACACUGCGUAUUUUCGACGAAAAGAAGAAUGUAGGGAAACAAGGCCAGAGUUACAAACGUAUGUUUUCAGAGACAGAUCUGAGCCGCGGGACGGUAGUGUAUUAUCACGGUCUCGCUUCAACUACAGGAACAAAGUUAUUCAAACGUUUGUAGUUUCCAGCGAGCGAGACGGUGUAAGGGGGAGCCGGAGCUCGACUCCUAUGAAAAGGUUCUGCCAUAUUAAAGUAAAUGUGACAAGCAGACCAAAUAUUGGGAGACGAAUAUCAGCACCAAGCAGUCAAAGUGUUAUUGAGGCUGUUACGUUGAGGAAUCGAACCAACGUAGCUCAUAACCAAACCACAAUACUGGGGUGGCGUCACGCUAUGCUGCGACCGUUUAACCCCCACCGUACAGAAGAACAGAGUGUUUGUGUCGAAUAUUUAUGUGACAACGGACGAGUGUCACCCUCUGAUGUCACUGUUGUGCAUUUAACCAUACGUCACGCACUGAACAAUGACGUGGGAAAUGACGUGUUGAGUUUGAUGACGCAACCAAGAUGCAACUUCUCGCCGCGCGGCUCGACGGUGCGUGGAAGUUUUAGAACUCAAAGCCCUCCCAACGCGGGAGGUUACGUUAACGUAAGAACCCGCGCUAGUUCGCGAUCGCGAGUUGCGUCAUUCCGGCGUCAUAGACGCGAGUUCGGUAUCGAAUUCGAAGGUCGAACGAUCGCGGAAUCGCAUCGAAAGUGCAUGAGUUCGAAAAAAUAUGUUGCCGCCUUUUUCGACUGCCGGUAGUGCUGCCAGCUAACAGUGUUGCAAGAUAUAUUUAAAGUUCAACGUUACCUAUAGUUUAUUUCUUAUUUAUAUACCGGGCUGGUCCUGGUUGUGCAUAUACUUUACGCUUUAAGAGCUUUGUGAAUAUAACCCCUUGCCGAA